GUGUGGGAGCCUAGCUGCCUCUAGGUGCCACCCUCCCUCCAUCUUGGGCACCACGCACUUGCUGGCUCGUGACUCUGGUGUCGCGGUCUCCGCUCAUCACUGCACAUGGAUCCUUCACAUGUAUAUCAGUGUCAGUGCUGUGUGGACGGUGGGGGUGAUGGCUGCCAGCAGGCCACGGCAACACCCACACAGAGUGAUAUACUCCUCGGGUUAAAACUCCACACGGGAUAUUAAUUCACCGAGGAGAGUGCCUGGUGCUAAAACAUUUGAUGUUUCCUGCAGGACCUGAGUCGUCAUUUGCACGUCGUCGAGUCGUCCUCCACCUCCUCCUCGACUCUCGUCUUCCCUCACAAGGCCUUAGCUUCGGUGUUCACCGUGUAGAGUGUUCAUUAGAAAAAACAAAUUCAUGCGUGGAGAGUGUGAGUGUCUAAGUGAGGUAGCAGAGAGAAAGCCUGAUCCACCUCUGGCCCGGGUACCAGGUGUCUGUGAAUUCUACCGUGUCAGUUCCCCAGCAAGCCGAGAUUCAUGUCUGCCUCUGCUGCUCUCCUGCACGUGUUGCGUGUCAACCAUGAGUGUGGUGCUCCUGGUGCUGCUGGCGCUUCUGGCGGGGAGCCGGGCGGCGCCACAGUCAAGACAGGCGGGCUUCCUGGACAACGUGGGGCCACUACCCGUAUGGAACAGUCCCCCCGAGACGCCGCCCAGAGAGCUCAUCCUCCCCGACGACUUCACCAUCAUCGGGCCGUGUCUCACCACCAUCCUCACCCUCAUAUGCAAUGGCACUUACGCUACGUCAAAUAUAGACAGAGACCAGAGACCGUACAGCCUGGCUUCCUCGGCUGAGGACCGCGGCAAGGAAGCCUUAGCAUGCAGGGGCAACAACUGCCGGCUGGACCGGCUGUAUGGGUACUGCAACAGGAGCAACUCGCCCUCCACCUUGCAACAAUGGGCGACGGAGUCUGAGCAACAGCUAAAAUUCGCCUCCUUGCCAAGCCAUUAUAACAUCCACCCGGGAUGCAACAGACAUAACAUCGACAUGGAGAAGGUGCUGUCAGAGGGCGGGCGCUCUUGCAUGAAGAAAGUCGACUGUCUGUGUGACGGCUGCUGCUACUCCACAUCCAAGGCCGAGAUGCUCCGGACCAUGUUGGAGCGCAAGUAUUCUCAGCUACUGGUAAGGAAUACCCAAAUAAGAAAGAUACGAUUGUUAUCGCCAAGAAAAAGUGACUAUCGCCGCCCGCCUCCCAAAAAUUUCCCCAUAUCCACCAAGACCAGACACUGAUGGCUGCCUCCCCACGCUGGGAUCCUCCCUGGCGGCCAUGCUGCCCAGGGGAUGCAAGUGUUAUCCUGCUCCACUACCACACCAUGCAAGGAAUAUUCAUGUUAUCCUGAUCCACGACCACGCCACGUGAGGAAUGAUUAUGUUAUCCUACACCCCGACCACACCAAGCAAGGAAUAACUCAUGCUAUCUUAACCCAACACCCUACCCACACACACAAGAGACUACUCCUACAAGUGUCCAAGGAGAGGCAAAACUUGCAGUAAAAAGCAUAUGUAUUAAAUAAUUACCCAAGCCAGCUGUGGUGUUGUUAUGAUGCUCUGCGAAGCAGCAAUUAGUGCAGACGAGGAGUCACAAUAACGUGGCUGAAAUAUGUUGACCAAACCACACACUAGAAAGUGAAGAGACGACGACGUUUCGGUCCGUCCUGGAUCAAUCGACUUGAGAAUGGUCCAGGACGGACCGAAACGUUGUCGUCCCUUCACUUUCUAGCAAUUAGUGUUGUGUGUUUUGAGAGUAAGUUCCGUUGUCAGUACGUGACUUGCUGUAACCCAAGGGAGUUCUACUGUUAAUGUAGAACAGUAGAACUUGCUCUACUUGCUCUACUACUCUACAACAGAGUGUAUUUUGUGCAAUAAGGUAUACUGUUGGUGCUACGAGACGGC